AUGUCGGAAUACACAAUUCCAUCAACAUGGACGGCACCAACAUCAUGCUUUGCUACCACAAAUUAUUAUCGUGUGUUGCUCGGAGGUGGUUACUUCAGUAAUGAGGCUGCCCUGCCGGAUUUACUCGUGCUUGUGCGACAGGUGGACCCAAGAGUAAUGGUCAACAAUGUGACGAGCAACGUCUUCUCCUUCAUGUGCAAGGACAACGAAUACGGAUGUCACGCCACAGCUACCCUUGGAGUGGUCUGGACAGGAACCCUCACAGAUAUCGGACUAUCCCAGCCUACCGAGGAACCAAUAACGCGAACGCCUUAUACGGAGGAAGGACUUGAAGCUUGGGGCGUUAAGCUGCUCUACGUCCCAGCUACCGCAACAAUUUCGUCUGUUGCGUCCACUAAUACAGUACCUGAUCAGCUUGCAUCCACGACAAAAUCAACCAGUACCCCUAGCCAGACGGGACCACCUUCGGUAUCGGGCAGUUUAUCUUCAGGAGCUAUAGCAGGUAUUGCCGUGGGUUCUGCCGCGGUAGUUGGGCUGCUGAGUUUGGGUGCUUUUCUGCUUUAUCGUAAGAAACGAAAAGCGAAGGAAGCCGUCAUCACCCACCCCAUUGCCCAAAGAGAAGAACAAGAGAAAUCCGUUCAACCCCACAGACAGAGCCGACCAUAUCAACUGGAUGCGCCGGAAAGAAGGGACCUGGUAUGGGAAAUGCAGGGCUGA